AUGUACUUGAAUCCACUGCUAACUACAGCAACCCGUCGCUGUCUCGUGCUCCAUCGCAAUUCUCUGGAAACGCCACCGCCACCUGCUUCUUCGUCGUUCGAUCCUCCUCUUCAAGAUCCCAAGGAAAGACCACCGCAAGGAGUGGAGCUGGUCUUGCCAAGAUUGGAGAAACGCGCCAGAACCCUCCGCCACACCUUUGAGGAUCUCCGAUGCCGAUCCCUCUUUCCACCUCUUUCUCCGUAUUCUAUUUUUCUGUAUCUGGAUUUCUACGAUGUCUCUCGUUUCAUCCCAGAUCUAAUAACAUCUUGCAUUGUUGUUCCUUAUGUCUGUGUUGGUGUCUUUUCAGGAUCAUCAGUAGAUCAAGGGAUAGCGUAUGUGCUGAUGUUGUUGACUCUGGCUCUGACGUACCUCAUCCACUCCGUUGAUCUUUCCACUACCUUAUGAAUUUGAACCACACAGGAAGGAAAUUUCAUGUAGGAUUGAGAGUGGAUUUUUUAGGUGACAGUGUUUCGUUAGUUAUUCUCAAUGUUAGUAUAUUUCUCUUAGCAAUUUAUGUGUAUGAAUGGAUUCAUUAACAGUUUGCAAUAGGGAUUGCUUUCUUAUUUUCCCAGUAAGUCUGAGGAUGUCAAUGUUACCUCAUACAUAAAGCACCAAAUUCGUGUGUUUGUUUUGGCU